AAACAUUCGGUAAAGAAGGGUUUAUUAAAUGCCAUAAAACCAACAAAUUUGGAGACUGAGAAGAUCAAGUUCUUCAAAUCUGGCUACAAAUACAACCCUCAAUUUACAUAUGCUCACCCUGUUUCAUCAAGUGCUCUGGCCAAGAACUCCAGAGCAUCAAACCAAUUCCUUCAUCAGGCUGUCACAAUCAUGCAGAAGGCUAUUGACAAAUACGGCAGCUAUGAAAGGUUUGAGAAGAAAACAGGAGGCACCUCACUAUCAAAUAGCUGCAUACAGCAUCAUGUGCAGAAUUACUUGUCAAAGGAGGGAUGCCUGAGUGAGAUGAAAGUAAGUCUAAAGUCAGAUGUGCCAUGCCGUGCCUCAAUGGGUAUAACACACGGUUCCCCAACAUUGACAAUCAACACCACAAUUGCAAGAUCGCUGUGGAUGGAAGGGACUCUGAGGCAUGAAAUAGGGACACAUUACUUUAGAAUGAUAAACAACAAACAACAAACAUGGAACAGCAAAGCCAGACGUAGGCUAUACCAUCUAAGCCCUAAGAAUUCCACAGAAGAGGGCCUGGCCACCAUCAACACUGUCCUGUUCCAUGAAGAUCCUCUUCUGUGGCAUCCAGCAGCCCUCUACUACACAGUGUAUCAGGCCAGCCAAUCAUCUUUUAGUAAAGUCUUCAGAGCUCUUGAAAAGUUUGUGGAAGACCCAAACGUGAGAUGGAACUACUGUGUGAGGGCAAAAAGAGGCCAGAUAGAUACAUCUAAGUCAGGUUGCUUCAGUAAAGAUCAGGUCUAUCUUGAAGGAGUGCUUCACCUGCUGAGGCACAGGGCAACCAUUGACUUCAAACUGCUAACAUCUAUGGGCAAGGUCUCCUAUAAAGAUCUGGACCGGCUCAAAGAAUUUGCAGUACUGGACAAUACCAGGAUACCCAGUUUUCUGCAUGACUGGGUAAAAUAUAUGCAGUGCCUGGACAACAUCAUGAGAGCCAAUGAGAUUUGUGAUGAACAUCUAGCGAUGCUUAUUGGCUAA